AUGUCGUCCUUCGUAAAAAACGACCCAAUCCGCAUUCUGCUGGUAGGAAAAACAGGACAAGGAAAAAGCUCUACUGCUAAUACUAUCUUACGAAUGAAAAACUGCUUUGCAUGCGGAAACUGUGCGCAAUCCGAAACAUCUAAAACACAGAGGGCGAGUUCCACAUUCAAAGGAAGAAAAAUUGAAGUUGUAGAUACACCAGGCCUCGCUGAUACAAGAUUUAACGAAAAAGAAGACACCGAAUCAGCUUUCAAAGCCAUGUCGCAAGCUAUGGAUUUGAUUCCAGAAGGGUUUAAUGCUAUAUUGUUGGUUUUAAAGUACGGAGAUGAAUUAACCAACGAAGACUUGAGGGUAAUUAAUAAUUUAAAGCAAAUCCUUGGAAAUGAAUUUAUUCGAUCUCACGGAAUUUUGUUGUUUACGUUUGGAGACAAUUAUGAAACAGAUGAAGAUGUUAUUGAAAAAAACCUACCAUUUUCAAAGUGGUUGGAAAAGAAAAAGAAAAAAAACAUUCAGACUCUUAUUGAAGAAUGCGGUUCUCGCACCAUUUUGAUGAACAACAGAUGUAAUGAUGAAAAGAAGAAACAAGGCCAAUUACAGCUUUUGAUACAAAUGAUUGAUGAACUUAGCAACGGUGGCAAUAAAUAUACAAAGAAUAUGUUUUUGGAAGCUCAAAAUAAACUUUACAAAUCUUCUGCAGGUUUUGAAAGGGACUUUCUGAAAAUCAGUGAAAUAUAUAAGAAACUUCAAGAAUUUACUACAAUUAACGAGGACACAUUGGAAAGCGUUCAAGCUUGCAAGAACGAAGCAGAUAUGCUUUACGAAGAGAUUGAAAAGUACUCAUAUAAUCUGCCAGUAGAACUGAAAAUUGUGAAAGAUUUGCAAAUGUGUAUUAAAGAACUAAUUGGUCGCUUUAAAUCAAAAAUAUAA